AACGCAGUGGAUUGUGAUUUUUGUUUUGUACUUUUAUUUUCCAAAUAUGUGGUUGUAAAUUCCAAAUAAGGAACAGAAAAUGCAAAGCAGACAAAAACAAACAAAACCAAAAAAAAAAAGACGCGAGAGAACGUAAAAUCACUAUUGCUCCUCUGGCUAUUGGAAAUAUCAGAUCAUCGAACCAACCAAACGAAGGCAGAAACAGGCAAAGAGCUCAUAGAAAUUCUCGUCCUCUUCCUACAUAAGUCUUCUCUUAUCAUAAACGCGUGUUGCUCGGAUAAGGUUGUGCUGCGGUGAUUCACUCGUACUUUGCUUAAUAUGGCGGUUGAGAAGUUGAGCAUUGCAAAAGAUGUGACUGAAUUAAUUGGCAAAACUCCAUUGGUAUAUCUCAACCGCAUCGUGGAUGGCUGUGUUGCCAAAGUUGCUGCGAAGCUAGAAAUGAUGGAACCUUGCUCCAGUGUCAAAGACAGGAUAGGGUAUAGCAUGAUUGUAGAUGCUGAGGAGAAAGGACUCAUCACACCGGGUGAAAGUGUCCUCAUUGAGCCUACUAGUGGAAACACUGGCAUAGGUUUGGCAUUCAUGGCAGCUGCUAAGGGUUAUAAACUUAUUAUAACCAUGCCUUCUUCGAUGAGUCUCGAAAGAAGAACCAUUCUUCGAGCUUUUGGAGCUGAGUUAGUCCUCACUGAUCCCGCCAAAGGUAUGAAAGGAGCUGUUCAGAAGGCAGAAGAGAUUCGGGAUAAGACUCCAAAUUCUUAUAUUCUUCAGCAAUUUGAAAAUCCUGCCAACCCAAAGAUCCAUUAUGAAACCACUGGACCGGAGAUCUGGAAGGGCUCUAGUGGGAAGGUUGAUGCUCUUGUCUCUGGGAUUGGGACUGGAGGUACAAUAACAGGUGCUGGAAAAUAUCUGAAAGAUCAGAACCCUGAUAUAAAGCUAUAUGGCAUUGAACCAGUAGAAAGUCCAAUACUGUCUGGAGGAAAACCUGGCCCUCAUAAGAUCCAAGGAAUUGGUGCUGGCUUCAUCCCUGGUGUUCUGGAUGUCGAUUUACUUGAUGAAGUUGUUCAAAUUUCAAGUGAAGAAGCCAUUGAAACUGCUAAACUUCUUGCUUUGAAAGAAGGUUUGCUGGUGGGAAUAUCAUCUGGUGCAGCUGCAGCUGCUGCAAUUAAGAUAGCAAAGAGGCCAGAAAAUGCUGGAAAACUCAUUAUUGCGGUCUUCCCAAGCUUUGGAGAGCGUUAUUUAUCAUCUGUGCUCUUUGAAUCCGUGAAGCGAGAAGCAGAGAGCAUGGUCUUCGAGCCUUGAAUAUGAAGUUAUACGAGCCAUUUGCUGCUUUUCAAGUUGCAUUCUCUCCUUGGGUUGUGUAUCUAUUUUUUCUCUUAUGGAUCUGAAAAAUAAAAAAUGGUUUAUGUUUGGUUGUUAAUUGACUACGAUUUAAUAAAAAAUAUAAGAUGUUUGCUGGAAUGUUCAAACUCGCU